AUGGGAAUCCUUUGCCUGGUACUGUUGUUCAUGUUGCAUCUUUCAUGGAGUUCCUCUUCCACUGUUCCUCCUCCAUCGUCUCAUUUAUGUCUCCCACGCCAGAGAGCUGCUUUGAUCCAAUUUAAAAACUCUAUUUUUCUUAAUGAUUACUGUGGAGAUGAUUACUAUAAUGAUUACCCUAAGACAGAGUCAUGGAACAAAAGCAUCGAUUGUUGUUCAUGGGAGGGAGUCAAAUGCGACGAGCUGACCGGACAUGUAAUCGGCAUCGAUCUUAGUCACAGUUGCCUAACCGGUUCUCUCUUUGCAGAUUCAAACAAUAGCGUCUUUCGCCUUGACAGACUUCAAUGGCUUGACCUGAGCUCCAACCGCAUCGAUGGCUCUCUUAGCAGCCUGUUUCACUUGCAUGGACUCCAACGUCUCAACCUCGCUUUCAACAAUUUCGAUGGCGCUAUCCCUUCAGAGUUAUUUACUCAAUUGGUCCGUUUAACUCAUCUUAAUCUCUCUUUUUCUGGCUUCUCUGGCCAAAUCCCGAAUCAAAUCAGUCUCUUGUCGAGUUUGGUUUCACUUGAUCUUUCCUCUUUUUCUUUUCCCAACUUUACAUUUGAUGGCCGAGGUUUUGACAUGCUUGCAACAAAUUUAACCAAAUUAAGAUACCUUGUGCUUGACCGUGUAGAUAUGUCUGAUGUUGCAGUCACUUCCUUUCUAAACUUAACUUCAUCACUACAACGUUUGAGCCUCACUAUAUGUGAAUUACGUGGGGAAUUCCCAUCUCAAGUUUUUCAGUUUCCAAACCUCAAACUUAUAGGUUUAGGUGGGAAUCAAAAUCUCAGAGGUUAUCUCCCAAAGACAAACUGGAGUAGUGGCCUUGAGUCGUUGGACCUUUCCUAUUGUGGUGGUUUUAGAGGGUUAAUUCCAUCAUCAUUCGGAAAUCUCAAUCGAAUCGCUUCCAUAUAUUUAUCUGGAAAUUUGUUUGAAGGACAGAUUCCAGAUGUUUUUGGGAACCUUACCAAAUUAACUUCCUUGAGAAUUUCUCGCUGCAAUUUGAGUGGUCCACUUCCAUUAACCAUGUUCAACCUCCCAAAAAUUAUCACUCUGGAUUUGUCACAUAAUCGCUUGGAAGCUCCCUUCCCAAAUCAUGACAGUGAUUGGCUGUUUACUCUCCCAUCUCUGCUAGAUUUAGACCUCAGUCAUAACAAACUAGCCGGUCCCAUUGAUCGAAUUCAGAUGCCUUCUUCUCUCCAACUUAUUGAUUUAAGUUCUAAUGACUUUCAUGGUCCACUACCCUAUUCUAUUUUUGAUCUUGUCAACCUUACUUCACUUCGUUUGUCAUCAAACAACUCGAGUGGUGUCAUCGAGUCGGAUAUGCUUUCGAAACUCACUAGUCUUCAAUUUCUUGAUCUUUCCAAUAAUAGUUUACUAUCCUUAAGCACAAGAGACGAUGAUGUGAACCAUUCCUUCCCUCGUCUUGCAACUGUGUUGUUCUCUUCUUGUAGGGUAAGUCAGUUCCCCGGUUUCUUUCGAACCUCGAAUUUAGAGGUUUUGGAUCUUUCCAAUAACACGAUUUCUGGUGGAAUUUCCAAAUGGGAGGCUCAAGGGUGGGAAGCACUGAAAGUGCUGAACCUUUCUCAUAACUCUCUGACCACUUUGGAGCAAUUUCCAGGAAAAGAGUUGGAACUUCUCGAUCUUCGUUCCAACUUGCUUGAAGGGUCAAUUCUAUCAACUUGCAUGAAUCUUCAAAUUCCAGAUCUACAUCAGUUGCGUGCGUUGUUAAUUUCAGAGAAUAGAUUGACAGGAAGUAUCCCUUCUUCUAUUUGCAAUUUGACUGUACUUCUAAUUCUGGACCUGUCCGAAAACAGUUUCAGUGGAACUAUCCCUGAAUGUCUUGGAAAUUUCAGCUAUAAUCUCCGGUUGAUAGAUUUGCAGAUGAACGACUUGAAUGGCAGGAUCCCCGACUCUUUUCAGAAUAGCGAGUUGACUCAUCUUUUCCUCAAUGACAAUCGAUUGGAAGGAAUAGUACCGCCAUCUUUGACUAAUUCUAGUAAAUUGGAAGUCUUAAACUUAGGGAACAACAAGUUAACGGAUAGGUUUCCUCAUUGGUUAGCUUCACUUCCAAGUCUGCAAGUUCUUAUCUUGAGACAUAAUAGAUUUCAUGGAUCACUGCCUCAUUCCAUUGGUUCAAGUAACUUCUCUUCAUUGCGAAUGAUUGAUCUAUCCGGAAAUGAGUUCACCAGCACCUUGCCAACGGAACUCUUUCGGAAUUUGAGAGCAAUGAGAGAGAAACCUAAAGGGAAUCAUUCAGAUUUAUCAUUUUACAAAUAUGAGGAUGGUAAAUAUAUCACCGAGUAUUACCAAACUUCUGUGAAUGUAACAACUAAAAAAUUGGAGAUUGAAUUGAUAAAGACUGCAGCCAUUUUCGUCUCUAUGGACUUGUCAAACAACCAGUUCUUUGGACAAAUUCCUGAGGAAGUCGGACAACUUAUAUCCCUGCAAAUGCUCAACUUCUCUCACAACAACUUCACCAGUCCUAUUCCUUCAUCGUUCGGAAAUUUGGUGGCGCUCGAGUCAUUAGAUCUUUCAUCAAACAAGCUUGGUGGCAGGAUACCUUCUCAAAUGACAAAGUUGACAUUUCUUUCAGUGUUGAAUCUUUCAGAAAAUGAUCUUGUUGGACCAAUUCCACAUGGGAAUCAAUUUGACACAUUUGGUAAUGAUUCCUACAUCGGCAACUUGGGAUUGUGUGGCUUACCAUUGUCCAAGCAAUGCAACAACCAUGGGGAGGCCGACCCACUUGCACCAUCGGUGGCGGAACAUGAGGAUUCUCAAGUACCCUUUUGGCAGGUGGUAAUGAUGGGAUAUGGAAGUGGGGUGGUGCUAGGGCUGAGCCUUGGUUACAUUGUGUUCACAACCGGAAGACCAUGGUGGUUUGUUCGGGCGGUCGAGAGAGAUCUUCAAUACAGAUUCACAAACUGGAUUAGAAGAAAGAGACCAAAAAGAAACUAG